GCCCUGAAAAGCUCAAAGAAAACACGCUAAACACGCCAAAAUUAACCCACGAUCACUAAACGCGUCACCCCGCGUCUCUACAUUUAUCAAAAUCAAUCAAUUGCCACACGACACAGAAGUAUCACUAAUUUUUACCAGAGAACCGGUCAUGGACGACGCUCUAGAGGGAUAUGAUGAUACUAAUCGUGCAUUCCUUCAAGCAUUAUUGGCACGAGGUAGUUUAGAUCUGGAGGAGGGCAAAGAACUGCUCGCUCGCAUUUUCACAGUUAAAGAUGGUAAUUUAUUUCCUCAGAACAAGCCUGUCUUUGUGGAAAACUAACAUUCAUCUCUAAGAAGGACGAGUUACUUCCAAAGACGAUGUCACAUUGGAUGAUUUAAAAUCCUAUAUAGCCAGCGCAGCUCAAGCUCUCUCACCGUUCGAUUACGAGAUUAGAAGCAUGAGACAUCAACUCUCAAACAAACAAACCUGGGCUCUCGUGAACAGUGCCAGCGAUCCUCUCACCCAACUUGCGACGACUUUUACAACCGAAGAAAUGUUCUAUAUCAAGCGCCUGUUGGAUGCUAUGUUUGAAUCAUUCAAUACUAAGGGAAAGGAGGUCAUGGCCAUUAAAAGUACGCAAGCUAUGCAUUCGUCAAUUAUCGGAGGAUCCGGUCGGCAGAGCAUAGGCGAUGAUGAUAUGCAGAUUGUGGAUAACGGUGUCAAGAGAUCAGAUGCAGAGAGAAUACUGUCGGAAUUGAUGGCGCAAGGGUGGUUCGAACGGAGCGGACGAGGAUACUAUUCUUUGACACCUCGCGCAAUACUGGAGCUUCGAAGCUGGCUUAUCGAUACAUACAACGAUUCAGACGAUCCCGAUGAGUGGCAACCUAUUAAAAACUGCCAAGCAUGCAAAGGGAUCGUCACAAUUGGAUUAAGAUGUUCGAGGAGAGAUUGCAAUGUGCGACUACAUAAGACAUGUCAAUCUGCGUAUUUUAAUUCGCGAACCAAUAAGAAUUGUCCAAAGUGCGAGACGGAGUGGGAUGGAAAGAAUUAUGUCGGAGAAGAGGUGUUUACAUCGACAGAAGAUAAUUUGAGGGAAAACCGAAGAAGCAGUGCUUCUUCACGACGAAGAGGAGCCCCUGUCGAGGAGGAGGAGGGGGAAGAAGAGGACGAAGAAGAAUAAAUCUAGAAACGGCACAGAUGGCGUUCAUGGCGAUUUUUGGUAUUUACGAUAUCCCAUGCGGUUAAAAGGGUUUGGACUGCUGGUGGUACACUAGGAACGAUCUCUUAGACGAUAAGUCAAACUUCAAAAGUACUCCCUGCAUCACUUAUUAAUUAAUAUCCUGGUGCAACCAUGCUCAGCUGAAUCGAGU